AUGGGUGACAGCAAGACAAACGGCCGCCAGAAUACUUCUCGUAUAGUGGCACUGGCAAAUACCAUUCAAAAGUCUGUGGCAGAGCUGCAGGCUGUGCUGGAUAGCAAAGGCCUACCGGCUCCGUCAUUCGCCGAAGAUGCCUCCCCCGAUCCACUCCCAUUCGAGGCCCAAAAAGCCCAGGAUGCAGUGCUCGAUGCAACAGCAGAGCUGCAUGACAUUCUUCUUGAGCCGACUGCCCUUGUUCUUAAGACCAUCUCGAAUGAAUAUGUUGCUUUCUUGGGGUUCAUUUCCCGCUAUGACAUUCCCAAUUUUGUUCCUCUUGGAGGCCGAGUGUCUUUCACCGACAUCGCCAAAAAGACCGGCUUUGAGGAGGGGAUAGUCAAGCGGCUCCUGCGUGCCGCCAUCUGCAGGCGUAUCUUUCAGGAACCUGAAUCUGGCUACGUCGCGCACACCAAGGCUUCCAAAGCGAUGCGAUCCAAGACUCUACUGACUUUCUUGAGAACGGGUGCCGAUAUGGGGUGGUACACUAUUUUCAAGCUUGUAGACGCGGCGGAAAAGUGGCCGGACGUUCAAGAACAGGAUCAGACGGCGUUCAAUCUUGCACAUGAUGUCCAGGGAACUUAUUUCGAAAACGUCGCCAAAAGUGCCAAGAAUGCUGAGCUGUUUGCGAGCGGCAUGGCAACGCAAUGGGAGCUUCCCGGUUAUGAGCUCCAUCAUCUCCUGGACGGCUAUGACUGGACAGGACUCGGCAAGGCCAAAGUAAUCGACGUGGGCGGCUUCAGGGGCCGCAUCUCUAUUGCCCUUGCUGAGCGCUUCCCGGACCUCGACCUGCUUGUACAAGACAUGGAGAUGAACGAGGCCGACGCCCAUGCCGCUGUGCCCAGCGCGCUCAAGGACCGUGUCCACUUCAUGUCCCGCGACAUCUUCACCACACAGCCUGUACGUGCCGAUGUGUAUUACAUCCGUCAGAUCUUCCACGACUGGUCCGACAAGUACUGCACUAAGCUCCUUCGAGCCCAUACUUCCCAGCUCGAGGCCGGAUCCAGUGUCCUUAUCCACGAUUGCAUUCUCCCUGAAGUUCCAGGCAGCUCUCUUCCCCUCUGGAAGGAGCGGGACAUGCGGCAAGUUUCCUCCCAAUGCACACUUUGA